GAUCGACAGAGCGGUGCUCGGCUUUUCCUGUCUGAUCCAGUAGCGGGACUUUAGAACUCUCUCGAUAACAGAGGAAUCGAACUUCCAGGCUAAACUUUAGUCCCAACAUGGACUUUAUGGAAGUUAACUUAGCUUUUCACAUUUAUUAUCGAUGCCAAUGAUUGUCAACAUUUUAGUUGUCAACAAAAAUGAUAAUGUUAGUCUGGAAUCGUACCGUUAUUGACCGCAACCUGCAUGCUAGCACCUUAAGUUAAAGUUUCGGAUCCGCGCACGUUCCUCUCUGUGAUUACAUGUGAGGGCUCCGCGGGAUUUGUUCACCUCCAGCAGGAUGAACACGAAUGUCGGAGAUAUCCUGCAAUGCGAGAAGCAGCUCAGAGAGGCGUUACACAGCGAUGACAAGGAGAAGCUGCGGAGGAAGUUGGCGCAGUUGAAAAGGGAGUAUGUGAAGACGGCGCAGAGACUGCAGCGCGCGGAGCGUUUGGAAGCGGUGAGGAGACAUGUCAGAAGUCGGAUCUCUGAGCAGAACCAGCUGGAUCACCGGGAGUCUGAGGCUGCAGCUGCGUCACGUGACAAAUCCCCAUCAUUGAUCCUGAAUACCACCGAUGCACAGGAUCCAGGGUCAGGACAAUCUCAGGAGCAUACUCCAGAUUCUGAUCCAUCAAGGAGAAGCCAGGUGAUCAGGUUUAUCCUCCCCUCCGAUCCUGCAUCCCCACAACCUCCAGACUCCCACCACGACUCAGGUGGAGGUCACAGACCCAGUUCUGUCCUGCGCCUACGGUCACGGCGGAGCCGCCUUCGCUGGGAAAGAAGAAGUGCAGAGGCGGACCAAAGCACAGGCGUCAGCCUGAAAGGACAAGAGCAGAGCGAGAGCAUACAGCUUACAGCUGAAGAAGAAGGAGGGACGGUCCAGUGGAGGAGAACGGAUGCUGUGAAUGAAAGUGAAGAGAAGCUUUCUGGUUCAGAUUCCGACUCCCCGUCUCUGCUGCUCACACACUGGAGUACACGUAAAAAAGCUGAAAAUGGAGAUGAAGAGAGAACGGAGAACUGUGGACGCCAUGAGGAAAGGGAAAGCAAGACUGAUGUGGUGCCUGAAGCCACAUGUGAGUAUUUAUUAUCUACUGAAGAGCCGAAGCAAAGUGGGGAAAACAAAGAAGAGGGUGAUGUCAGAAAAGAUGAGGAAGAAAAAAAGAAAUGCAACGAGGAGGACAACAAAAAACCUGAGCAAACAGAAACGAUGGACAAUAAUUCUAAUGUAGAAAUAGAAGAAAAGUUUCAGACAUCUGGUGAAAGAAGUGAAAAGGGUCUUCUGGACUCCUGCACCUUAGUGGAGGGACUGCUUUUCCCCGUGGAGUAUUACGUCAGGACCACCAGACGCAUGACGUCCUCGCAAAGCCAACCUGACAUUCAAGCGGUCCUCUUCUCCCAGCUGAGCGUGGGACGCCAGCGCAGGAGUCGAGGCCGCGGCGGUGGAGCCAGCGGCAGUUCGGGGCGUCGCACUCACUCCUCCCCAGUGACUUCAUCCACCUCUCCUCUGAACUCGUCCUUUUCUCAGCCUUUUGGUUCACCUGCAGGGGAAGGUCCGAUGAACUCUGAUGCCGGGUUUUCACCCACGGUCACGACGGCGCGUCCACCGAGAGGCAGAAGGAAGAGAAGAGGUCGAGGCCGAGGGAGACCACAGACCCCAAAACGCUCCUUUAACUGGGAGGGCUCCCAGCCCCCAGACGAUGUCGCCCCAUCCCUAUCCCAGUCUCUCCCUAACUCUGAGGAACCAAACCACGUUUUCAGUCCACAAGGAGCUGUGAAGGAACUAGACACAGGUCGGCAUGUGUCAGCCAGCGGCUCAGCUUCCCUGUCGUCCUCAGGAGUUACAGCUGCUCAGCUGGACCGGGUCUACCCCAUUUUUAUGAAGAGCUUCAAGAAGAAUACGCCACCUCAGACAAUCGGAGGCCCUCCUGACUGGACACCUCUCCUCCUGCCUCCCACCUCCUCUCCAGUUCAGACCUCCCUGCUCUCCCUCCCGUCCCCCUCCUUGUGCUCGCUCAUCGCCAGCCUGAAAAGCCUUGACGUUCACCAGGAUUUUCACCUCCCAGACGAGCACUUCGCCUCCCUGAAACUCCACAAGCUUCGGCAGGUGGCGGUGGAGUCGGGCAUCGAGCACUUCUCCACUCCGUCUGGGAACACCCGCAGCAGCCUCCGGCGCUCUGACCUGAGCGAUUCGUGGACCGCCGUCCCUCUGCUGCUCACAUCCACGCCCACCACUACAGAUUUUCUCCUCCCAGAUGAAGAUGUGCACUCCGACUUCCCUCAUAGGUCAGAAAAGCUGAGUAGCUCCUUCACUAAGGAGCAAACUGAUAUAGCGGAGGACGUUGAGAACAUCCAAAGCUCCCCAGACUCUCCGGUGGUGGUGCAGGAAGUCACGGAAAACAAUCUACUAGAACCUGAAACAGCAGAGAACCAGUGCAUCUCUCUGAACUGUGACCACAUAAAGCCUCAUAACAAACUCACUGACCUACAAACGUGCAGUAAACAAGCUUCACCUGGAGAGCAAGCAGGUGUUUGUGGAGGAGGCUGUGCUGGACAGGAUCACAGCUCUGUGCCGCCUGAAGCAAAAUCCAGAUCUGAGACUCCAAACUUGGAUCAGUGCAGGAAGGAAAGCCCAGAAGAACCGUAUAACGUGAACACCAUUUCUCAAGAUGCUGGAAAAACAGAGGAUGCUGUGAAUGUCCAAAAGGAUUCUGUGGAUUCUAAGGAAGCAAACCUCAGUGAGGAGAACCGGCCUGAAAACCAUCCCCCUGAUCUUCCUUCAGCUCCUUGUCCUUUUCUCAGCCCUCACCUGCCCUCCACUCUGAUCUCCAGCCCCGCCCUGCCCUCUCUAGGUCUCACCCCUCACCCCGUCGCUGGCGUCCUCCCCCUGACUCCGUCCCCCUCUGCUCCUUCUCUAAGCUUGCCUCCUCCUCCCAGUCCGUCCACACAGCCUCUCCCUCCUCCUGCUCUGUCUCCCUGCCCGUCCCCCACCGUAGAAUCCACCGUUUGCCCGACUCUGACCUGCGCUCAACGCCGCCGCUCAGGGAGUCCGACGCCCGCCGAGAAACCCACAAUGAGACACGCACACACACUCAAGGCGGCAGCAGGAGGGCUCCUGGUGGACGCGUGCUCCUUUCUCCGAGCUUCAGGGGAUGUGUGCGUCGCAGCUGCAGGGAAGUGGGCCGUGUGUCUGUGGAGCCAGACGUCUGCUGCUGACUGGAGCCUCAUUCACACCUGGACCUUCAGUGAACCUGUGAUCAACGUGUUUCCUGUCCCGGACGCCGCGGGGCUGAUCUGUGUGACCCUCGGUCAGCUGGAAAUCAGAGAAGUGAGAGUGCUCUCGUGCUCCAGCCUCAUGCAGAUGCUGAUCUGCGAGGGCAUCAUCCAGGUGGUGGUGGGCGUGUCUAAAUCCAGGGUGGUGACUUCCGCCCGCUUCACCACAGGCUCCACCCUGCAGGUGUUCGCUCUGUCCGACGACAGCAGGUCACAGAGGUGUCAGCCUCUCGCGUCUCUCGGCGUUUGCGUCAGUGCCCUCGCGCCGGUUGACGGACUCCCUGACGCUCUGAUCGCCACCGAUGAAGACGGACGUCUCUUCAUCUGGAAUAUAAAGACCGGUCAGCUGCUUCGUAAAGUCCAGCUGGAGCGGCGUUUAUCCCACACGGCCGGUCUCCGAGGAUUCUCUGUGUCUGGAGCUUUGCUGGUCCUCCUCCAGCACCUGCCCCCCAGCUCACCUCAGGACGAAGACGAAACCAAAGUUGGAGGGCCUUCAGAAGAGUCCGAGAAGGCCUUGUUCUCUUUGGUCUGCAUUAACCCCCUGACUGGAAGUUCUGUUUUGGUCACUCGGCUGACUCCGCCCCCAACGUGGCGCGGCAGGCUGUGUGAGGCCGACGUCAACCAGUCCUGCGUGGCGGCGCUGAGUACGAGCGGCUGUGUGUGCGUGUGGGAGCUUGGCAGAGGGGGCGGGGCUCAGGUGCUGAAGGCUCCAGAGGGGGAGGACUGGCAGCUGGUCCGCUGGGGGGACGAGGACGCGCUGGUGAUCGGACAUCAAAACGGAGACGUGUCUCUGUACGUCUGCAGCGCCGCUCAGACCUCAUUCUGCCUCUAGAAACUUUGUUUAAACAAUUUAUAUUUUAAGAUGUUAGGAGGCUAUUUCUCAUAUUUUCUUCACACACUUUCAUUUUAGCUGAAUUGAAUGCUCAGAAAUCCGUCUUUUCUUUUUCUGCAGAAACAUAACAUUUUUAUCCUGUAAAAACGAUUCACUGCAUGUCUACAGGUUGAAAAAGCUUUAUUUUCUGAGGUUUUAUUGCACAAAGCUCACAAUCUUUAAAGAUUUUGGCUUUUAUGUCACUGUACUGUCCUUUUUAGUACUACUGUUGAUUCGUUUGUUUUCAUUUGCAAAUAAGAUGUUAUAUUUAAAGAAAAAAAACUUGGAUUCAAAUUAUAUUAAACUUUGAUGCCUUA